AGGUCACACACACUUGUACUCUAAUAGUCAUUAUAUCAAAAAACAUAACGUUCAUUUCUUCUACUCAAAUACGCCGCUUUGUUCAGUCGCCGCCGAACCUUUCUCCCUCCUCUCUUACACACUCUUCACUCCACCGUUGAGGUACAAACAGGCUCUGCCCCCAUGUAGAUCAUCAAAGAUGUGUCUAAUAAUGAUAUUUUCUUCAUAUAUUUAUUUAUGAAUGGCAAAAGUUUCCUCAAGAGACGAACUAUCAAAUGGGAAAUAUGUCUAAGGAAGAGAUUGAAAAUCCAAAGUGUAUGGAAAAUAUCUCUGUUGAUGUAAUUGAAUUUGCACGUGGCAAGGACAAAGGAGUUGUUGCAAAAGAGGAUCCAGAUGCAACUGAAUAUUCAAGCUCAUUCGCCGACACCACUUCUGGAAAUGGGAAUAGUUCUGAAUUGAGUGACGCUGAAGUUGAAUCGCAGUUUUUUGGCGACAUUGAUGUGAUGCCUCCAUUUGGACUUAAUAGUAUAUUUCCAAUGAGGAAGAAAAAAUUGACCACUCACUGGAGAAACUUUAUACGUCCUCUGGUGUGGAGGUGCAAAUGGACAGAAUUAAGAAUAAAGGAAUUGCAGUCACAGGCAUCAAAGUAUGACAGGUGCAUCGCAGCACAUGAUCGAAAAAAGUGCAUGUCAAUAGAUCAAGGAACAGUUGAACAAUCUGGCUCAAGGUCGUUACCAUUUAGAUCCCAAGAUUGUAGAAAAAGGCCAAUGAAGAGAAGAAAACGGAAGAGAGUGGAAGAUACAACUGAUAUUGCAUCAUAUUUAUCAAAUCAUAUUCUUUUUUCUGGUCAUGAAAAUAAGUUGUCUGAUUUGGAUGGAACUCCUAUAUGGGAAGACUUUGGUAUCCCAGAUCAGAAUAACAAUGGCCAUGAUGAGUCUGGAGUUCAUGAUGAUUAUUCGUUUCUUGAAGACAAGGACAGCGACCUCGAGCAUAUCCUUCGCAAGAUUGAUUUAGUGCAGACUUGGGUUCAUAAAAUGAAGGUUCGACUUGAUUUUACAAUGGUACAAAAUGCAGCAAAAUUUUCUUCGUCUGGAAACUUGAGCCAGCUUGUGGCAUGUAAUGCUCAAACGAGCUUCGUCCAUUGCUCUACAUUCUCUGCUCAUAAUGGAGAGACAGUUUCAGUUGGAGGUCUAUAUAUGCCAACUCAGCACUUGUCAUACUAUGGUCUCGGAGAUUUCAUUAUGCCUGAAAGUACAGCGUCGAGCUGCAGAGAGGCCAUUCCCGUACCUGAUAUAAUUGAAAGUACAGUUGGCUUAUUGUCAUCUGUUGAUGUCACCCCGCAUCAGGCAGAAGUUGCUGAUACGUCUGAAAGAAUUGUUGAUAACAUACUACAUAACGAGGGGGUCGAAGUGGAGGAGCCACCGUCCGAAAAUAAUUAUGGUGAACCUGCCGAGAAGCAUCAAGACGGUGAAAAUAGUGAGAAAGAAGACAGCAGUAACGCAGCCCUUCCAGAAUUAGAAACUGACGCAGGCGGAAAAACUGUUGUAUCCCAAGAACAAUCAAUUCUGGAAUCUUGCUUAGCUUCAGAGAUACAUUUUCCGAUUAAUAAAAGAAAGCGAGGAGAGCGUAAAGCUGGUAAUUGGAGUCGACAGAGGACUAAUGAACCUGACAGCCAAUGACUUUGAUGGCAUCUUUCAGUGUUGUUCGAGAAAAUGGCUGUUCGGGUUUCAAUAGGGAUUGAGUUGUCCACCUGGAUAAGAGUCAAAUUCUGUAGUUCGUAAACAGAUCACUUGGCAUCUGUUCUAUGAAUUCAGGGUCUGGUCUGUGACAUUGAGAUUGAGUUAUUGUCUGUCUGUACUUCUAGAUUUGUAUGUUAACUUGACUGCUAGGUGUCUCUGUAUAAACUUUCUGGUAGAGAUUCUGAAUACCGUUUCUCUCCUUAGUUUCAUCGAUUUCAGCAA